UGAUGCCUUUUGUUCCUCCGCUGCCUCUCUCGGGUCCUCUUGCCCCAACUCUCUGGCAACUCCUCUCACAGCAUGGCCCCCAAAAAGCCUGAACCCAAGAAGGAGGCUGCCAAGGCGGCGGCAGCUCCGGCACCCGCACCAGCUCCCGCUCCAGAAGCACCCAAGGAACCGGCCUUUGACCCAAAGAGUGUGAAGAUUGAAUUCUCUUCUGACCAGAUUGAAGAGUUCAAGGAGGCUUUCAUGCUGUUUGACAGAACCCCAACAGGAGAGAUGAAGAUUACAUACAGUCAGUGCGGAGAUGUCAUGCGAGCCCUUGGACAGAACCCAACCAAUGCAGAGGUCUUAAAGGUGCUGGGGAAACCAAAGCCAGAAGAAAUGAAUGCGAAGAUGCUGGAUUUUGAGACCUUCAUCCCCAUGCUGCAGCAUAUUGCCCGAGGCAAGGAUCAAGGGACUUACGAGGACUUUGUGGAAGGGCUGCGUGUCUUCGACAAGGAAGGAAAUGGCACUGUCAUGGGAGCUGAGCUGCGCCACGUACUGGCAACUUUAGGGGAGAAGCUGACAGAAAGUGAAGUAGAACAAUUAAUGGCGGGGCAGGAAGAUGCCAAUGGUUGUAUCAACUAUGAAGCUUUUGUCAAGCAUAUUAUGUCUGGCUGAAAAGGAAUCUUUAAAGUUCUUCCCUGGGGGAAAAAUUCCAUCCAGCACGAAUUCUCAUCUCAUCCCUUCCAGCCCCAGAUUUCCUGGAAAAUACAUGUGCCACAAGCCCUGUAAGAGGGCUUCUCCAUUACCAUAGGGUAUAUGCCUCUGUAUAUAAAAACAAGGCAUGCUCUUGCAUCAAUUUUAAAAUCUUAAUUUAUUCUGUUUCAUUUUAUUUCUUCUUUCCUUGUGCUACAUUUGUCAUUUCAAAUUAAAAUAUAUGUGCCUGAGCACACAAGCUCACAGAUUAUUGUUUCUAUUAAUUUUGGUAAGCUCAAUAAUUACCCCUUUCCUUAAAGGGCUGCCCCAUCUGUUCAAAGAUGGGCCCUUAUUCCUUAAUGUCUUUGCCCUACAGAAAAUAAACAUGAUUCCUUAGUUUUGACA